CCUACUCCAUGAGUUUACAUUGAAUUGCACAUUGCACAUUCAUUCCAUUCCAUUUGCCAUUUGCCAUUUACUUUUGAAUAUUAUUUAGUGUAAACCGUUUAUUUGUUCGUCUUGUCAUUUGUGUUCUUUCUCUUUUUGUUCCCCUUCUUUUCCUUUCUCAUAUUUUGUCAUUCAUUCUCUUACCCUUCUCUCUUCUCCCCCUCUCUAUUACCGUUCAUCCAAACAUCCAUCCUCUUUACAUGAAAUAGAUAUCGCGUGCGAUAUUGGUCCACUUCAACACAAACAAAAAACAAUUGCAAUUAUGUUACGGCGCUCUCUUUGUCGUACCCUUAGUCUCUCUGUGGCUCUGGGCUUAGUCAUAGUCACACUCAACUCAAAAAGAAUUGUCCUAGUUGACAGCUGUGGUGUCACCAUCCACAAUGAGGUUGCCUUCCGCGCCAGUCGGAUCCUUUCGGCACAUAGUCUCGCAGUCUCUUUUUCUCCUUUUCAUCCAUCAACAGCAUCAACAGCAUCAUCACCAUCUUCUUCAUCACGCCUGUUAUCAUUGUCAAACUUAAAUACAGAUACACAUCAAAACAGUGUCAGGAACCAGUCGCGAGGAUUAUAUGAUUAUAUACCACUGCUGGCUCAAAAAGAGUCUCUCUUUGCAGGGAGCUUCUUUCCAGACUGGGGAUACGACUGUAUUGGCAAGAUAUGGAACCAAGCCGCUGAAGAGGCGCAUUGGCCCCCAUUUGCAGAAGCAUCCAUAAGAUAUAUUCUAGAAACCUACCCAAAGCCAUGGGAUGAUCAUGUUAAGGCCUUAAUCAUAUUCCUAUUCGGAAUAGUAUCCCAUUCUUUAGGUGACAUGUCAUGGCAUGCUCUCCAUGGACUAGAUGCUGGCUUUAUCAAUACAUUAGCUCAAAUUAGUUUCCAGGGUGAUUAUUCUCAAGGACACACUUUAGCCGACAUUGGCGCCGAGUUUGUGUUGAGCCACAUGAGCAAAAUGGAUCAUCUAUUAACCAUGUGGAAAGUGCCAGUAAGAGACAUUUCGGCGAUCUAUAAGCGAAUGGGCUAUAGAGUUCCUGGGCCCGUCUUAAGCCAUUGUAUGCGUAACGGCUUUGCUGGUGCUCAAGCAAAUGCUCGACUUGGUAGUCAGUUAUUUCCCGUGUAUGCGUCCAGGUCACCGUUCUUAGUCGAACAAAUAGAGGACUACCCUAUGGGUGGUCUACGCGAUAUGUCAGAGUGGACAAUUGACUGCUGGAGCGGUCUUGUGGGCUAUUUGGAUCAAGAACGUAAAUUACCCAGUGGCAUUGGGGACCGCAACAAUACCUUCAAUAUGUGUUAUGCUUUAUGGGAAGAAAGGACAAGGAGGGGCCGCAGAGCAGCUAUGGAGCGCACACGCGAGGGUAGAGUCCGACAUCAACAUGGACACAGAGGGCAGGGAACAAGUGGUGUAGAUGGUGCCUUAGCAUUGAUAAAGCUGAGCGAUGCAGGUUUGAAAGUGGUGACCGAUGUGGAUGACAACACUGGGAUGGUUACCUUUUCGAUCAAAGAGAUAGUUGAUGAUGACCAAAAGGCUAAAGAAAUGGGUGCAGGGGAAAUGGUCCAAGUCUUGAAUAUUGCGGACGAUUCCGAAGCAAAAGUAAAGGAUGAUGGCAUGGGUGUCUUCAAAAGCUUAUUCAGGUCAGAUAUGCAGCAGCAAAUAUUCUCAAAGAAUAAGCUCGACGGCAGCGAUAGCCGAGAUCAGGUUAUAGCCCAACUUGAGCCUACGGCUAAUCAUAAUGAUGAUGGCCUUGUGAAUGAAUCCGGAGGUUGCCUUUCUUUCUCUGACGGACAAGACUCCAAUGCACGAACGUUUUUCCUUCCAGUAGAAUACUCUUCGUUUGGUCAUGCAGCCGCAACGGGCGACUUUGAUGGAGACGGUGACGUGGAUAUGGCUAUAUCAGCUCCGCAUUUCCACAUCGAUCCAUUGGUCCCAUCCCAGGGGGCAGUCUUUAUAUUGCCCGGCCGGUCAGUAUUCGCUUCAGCAGAAGGUAAUGGAGAGGAAAGUGGUACAGACGUGAGAUCGGUAGCCUCACAAAUACUUUAUGGUGACCCUGAACAACCCCAAUCUCGAUUUGGGUGGUCCCUUGCUGUUGUCGACAUGAAUCAAGAUGGUAUCGAUGAUCUCGCAAUUGGCUCACCAGGUUAUGGAGCCAAGGGCUUGGAAUAUGAUGGAGCAGUCUUUGUAUACUUUGGACAUAAAGGCACUGGGCUAAGCAAACGGCCAGAUCUUGUAAUCCAUCAUGACCGUGAUAAGGAUGUGACUGAUAGGGUCCCACCAAGAAUGAAUGCAUUGACUGGAUUGGGGCGUGUGCUUCAAGGGUUGGACUUGACUGGAACUGGUUAUAAGGAUCUGAUAAUGGGUAUGCCGACUGCAAUCACACCCAUCCGAUGGCCAUUGGAAAAGAGAUUAAGUACUGAUGCAUCCCGCAACAAUGACAACGGUAAUGACGUCAACAUUGAUGAGGACCAUAGGAUGGAGGACUCAAAGCCAAGGCGAUUUAACCCACAAGCAGGAAAGGUUUUAGUGUUCUUGUCAGCAGGCAAUCAUACUGGGCAUAAGCUCGAUACACAGCGCGAUUGGGAGGUGCAAGGUGAAGACGCUUUCGGCUGGUUUGGAGCAUCCUUUGCUGUUGUCUCGCAGAUUUAUCCCCAACACAUCAAGACCAAGUCAAAGAAGUGGAGCAUACAAAGCCUGACCUCAAUCCUUAAAAGGAUCCAGUUAUCUUUAUCUGAUCUUUGGGGAUGGUCUCGACGAGCUUCCUACGAUUAUGAGGACAAGUCUGCUGAGUUACGAAGGAUUUUGGUCGUUGGGUCACCUGCCUUCGGCGUGGGAGAGGCUGAAGCCAUGCGUGGAAAGAUAGAGGGAUUUGUAAUCCCUGAUCUCCUGAAACGCUACAGCCAUAUGCCUGCUACUGCCCAGGACAAUAGAGAGCUGCUUGAGCCACAAAAAGCUUUUACCAUCCAUGGUAACGCGAAGUUUCAACAGCUUGGUUCAAGUCUUAGUGGUACUCGUCAUAUUUCUUCAAAGACCCCUAUUGGAGCUUUUGAGCCAGAAUAUCUCAUUGUUGGAUCACAGUCUGAAGACGUGUUGCGUCGGCUGCCACAAUUUGGCCGACUUUGGCAAGCGGGGAUGGUCCGGAUCUUGGAUAUCACUACAUUAUCGGAUGGAACCGAAAUUGGUAUAUCGGAUUUGGAUGCGGAUAAGGAAAUUAUACGUGAUUCAUUACAAGGAUCACAAUCGAUGGCACAUUUGUCUGCAGCGAUGGAGGUUUCAACUAAUGGAAGAAGCCUUUGGUUGACAGAGCCCUACGCAAAAGCUGAGGCAGGCCGUUUAUUAGAGUGGGUUCCUAGUUUUGAAAAGACUGACGACAAGGAUGUUGGAAGACGAAAAAAGAUAAAGCAGAACAAAAAGGAUGUACUUGGCGUACGGGGUCGACAACUUGCCCAUGGCUGUAAUAAUGACGGUGUUAUUGGUGAGGGUGACGGCGAUGGUGAUGAUGACGAAGAUCCAAUUCGGGAUGGAAUCAAACAAUGUUUCAUUGGGACUGAUUUCAGGGGCCGUUUUGGAUCCCAACUACUUGUUGGGGAUUUAAAUAAGGAUGGUCGUGACGAUGUCGUUGUCACUUCAUCUCAUUCCUCGCAAUAUGCAACCAUGGCUGGAACUGUUACUAUCAAGUUCCGACCCUAGAACAUGAUGUCUCUCUUUCUCCU